UACUGAUGACUACUUUUAUUAAUUUAAUCCAACUAGGGAUUUGAGUUUCUUUAACUAUCCUUGAUCAUUGACCAAACUGGUCCAAUUGAUGUUUUGGGCAAAUAUAAAAUCUAAGUAUAUGCCAGCUGGAUGUGUAAACAGAAUUUGUAGGAGGGAAAACAUUAAAAAAUAAAAACUUUUUCUUUUGCUUAAAAUGGAUGGUUCUAAAAAUCAACUGCUCCAUGUGGACAUUUAUAUUGAUGAGCAUGACCCUCGGAAAGGAAUCUUGGACCUGGUGAGAAGACUCCGUCCUAAUUGGAAAGCACAGGAUAUUCAGAUGAAGGCGUUCACAGAGGGCAUCACUAACCAGCUGAUCGGCUGCUUUGUGGGUUCUCUCCAGCAGCCCGGCUGCGUUCUGGUGCGGUUGUACGGCAGAAUGACAGAACUUUAUGUGAACCGGGAUCAGGAGGUGGAAAUGUUCCAGGUUUUCCAUGCCCAUGGCUGUGCCCCUGAGAUCUACUGCAGCUUCCAGAAUGGCAUCUGCUAUGAGUUUGUCAGAGGAACCGUGCUGGAUGAUGAGCUACUGCGACAGCCGUCUAUCUACAGAUUGAUCGCAGCUGAGAUGGGAAAAAUCCACUCGAUCCAGGCGAAACGUGGCCUUCCAGCUGAACCUCUGCUCUGGACUAAAAUGUCCCACUUUCUCAAACUGGUACAGACAAACAUAAACACCGGCCCAUCUGAACAGUGGAGUGCCAAAAGGCCUGCAGCUCUACAGGGGGUGCCCAGCUACGAGACUUUAUCGGUGGAAAUGGAGUCGUUGAAGAAGCACCUCUCGCAGAUCGACUCCCCGGUUGUCCUCUGCCACAACGAUCUCCUCACAAAAAACAUCAUUUACAACCACAAAGAGGGAACGGUGAAAUUUAUUGACUAUGAAUAUGCAGAUUACAACUACCAGGCAUUUGAUAUCGGCAACCACUUCAAUGAAUUUGCUGGUGUGACUGAUGUGGACUACAGCCUCUAUCCGAGUCAGGAGCUGCAGAGGGACUGGCUGAUGGCCUACCUGGAGAGUUACAAACGCAGCUCGGGACGUGGGGUCUCCGUAACAGAGGCGGAGGUGACGCAGCUCUACGUACAAGUCUGCAAGUUCUCACUCGCGUCAAACUUCUUCUGGGGUCUUUGGGCCAUCUUGCAGUCUCGUUACUCCUCCAUUGACUUUGAUUUCCAAAGAUAUGCUAACGCACGACUUAGCUACUACUUUGAGAAGAAGGAGGAAUACUUUGGAUUAACAUCAAGCCGGUUAACCUGCUCCACCUGUGAAGAGAAUCCCUGAAUAAUGGGACCCAUAUUUCUUUGUCAUGUUAUGAUGGUAUAUAACCUGAAAAUGGCCUGUAAAGUGUUUCCCCCUUGUUUGUUGUUCCAUUCUGUAAAAAGAGUUUAUGCAUUUUGUUAAAUCUCAAAUAUUUGUCUUACCACAGUCAAUA